AUGGUCAAAUUGUUGGUGCCGGAGGAAGCUUCCCUCAACCCGGAACUCUACGGUUUAAGAAGGUCGCAUCGAGAAAGGAAAGGGCCUUCGAUCAUAGAAUCAGAAUCAGAUUCAGAUGAAAAUCCAUCUACAAGAAAGAGAAAGAAAGUGAUGGACGAAUACGAUGACGAACUAGAAGAUGAGGACGAUGAGGACGAGGACAAAUUUGACGAUGGAGAUGACGAUUUUAUAGUGGAAAAGAAGAAAAGAUCUUCUGGACCAUCCUCGAGAAGGAAAAGCAAAAAGAAGAAGACUACCUCGCAAUCUCCGAAAAGCCCACAAGAAUUGAGGUUCUCCACAAGGAAUAACAAACAAGUCAAUUACACGAUCGACGAGGACAAUGACGAGGAUUUGUUGGAGAGCGACUUUGACGAGGACGAUGAAGAAAAUGAUUAUUAUUAUUACCAACAAGCUAUCGCCCCUGAGGAUGAGCGAGGCAUUGAUCUUGUUAUGGAUCACAAGUUGAACACAGACAAUCCGGAAUUAACCAACGAACCCAAGUUGGAUUACUUGUUUAAAAUCAAAUGGACUGAUGCAUCACAUUUGCAUAACACUUGGGAAUCUUACAACGACUUAAAGGAGUUUAAAGGGUUCAGAAAAGUCGACAACUACAUCAAACAGUUUAUAAUAUACGACAACGAGGUGAGAAAUGACCCUUUAACCACAAAGGAGGAUAUCGAAGCAAUGGAUAUUGAAAGAGAACGAAGAAGAGAUGAGCAGGAGGAGUAUGUGCAUGUUGAAAGGAUCGUAGAUAGUCAAAGAGUUCAAAAUGAUGGCGAGAGUAGGUUAGAAUACUUUGUCAAGUGGAGAAGAUUGUAUUACGAUGAGUGUUCGUGGGAAGAUGCAGAAGAGAUUGCAACGAUUGCUCCGGAACAAGUUAGUAAAUAUCAACAACGAUUGAACUCGAAAAUACUUCCCAAUUUCUCGGCAAACUACCCGUUGUCGCAAAGGCCAAGGUUUGAAAAGUUGGUGAAACAGCCAGUCUUUAUUAAAAAUGGGGAACUUCGUGACUUUCAGUUGACUGGGCUCAAUUGGAUGGCGUUCCUUUGGUCAAGAAAUGAGAAUGGAAUUUUGGCAGACGAGAUGGGGUUGGGUAAGACGGUUCAGACCGUAGCAUUCUUAUCUUGGUUAAUUUAUGCGAGACGACAAAAUGGGCCCCAUUUAGUUGUUGUGCCAUUGUCAACUAUACCCGCUUGGCAAGAGACUUUUGAACAGUGGUCUCCAGAUAUUAAUUGUAUCUAUUACUUGGGAAAUGGUGAAGCGAGAAAGACAAUUAGGGAUUAUGAAUGGUAUACGACAAAUGGAAAACCCAAAUUCAACGUUUUGUUAACAACAUACGAAUAUAUUUUGAAAGAUCGAGGAGAAUUGGGGUCGAUUAAGUGGCAAUUUUUGGCAGUCGAUGAGGCACAUAGGUUGAAAAAUGCCGAUUCCUCGUUGUAUGAAUCUUUGAAAAGUUUUAGAUGCGCCAAUAGGCUUUUGAUUACCGGUACUCCGCUUCAAAAUAAUUUGAAAGAACUUGCAGCGUUGUGUAAUUUCUUGAUGCCGGGAAAAUUUGAUAUUGAGCAAGAGAUUGAUUUUGAAACCCCCGACGAAGAGCAAGAACUGUACAUCAAGGAUUUGCAACAGAAAAUCAAGCCAUUUAUAUUAAGGCGAUUGAAGAAGGAUGUAGAGACUUCCUUGCCUUCGAAAACCGAGAGAAUUUUACGUGUUGAAUUAUCCGAUAUUCAAACUGAUUAUUAUAAAAACAUUAUCACCAAAAAUUACGCAGCUUUGAAUGCAGGUAACAAAGGCUCGCAGAUUUCUUUAUUGAAUGUCAUGAGUGAAUUGAAGAAAGCUUCCAAUCAUCCUUACUUAUUCGAUGGAGCUGAAGACCGGGUGCUUGCUCGCGCAGGAUCUGCUACCAGAGAGAAUAUUUUGAAAGGUAUGAUUAUGUCUUCGGGAAAGAUGGUUUUAUUUGAGCAGUUGUUGACAAGAUUGAAAAAGGAAGGCCAUCGAGUGCUUAUUUUUUCUCAGAUGGUGAGAAUGUUGGACAUUCUUGGUGAUUACAUGUCAAUCAAAGGUUAUCAAUUCCAGAGAUUGGAUGGAGGUAUUCCAUCAGCUCAGAGAAGAAUUUCAAUUGACCAUUUCAAUGCUCCUGACUCAAAGGACUUUGCUUUCUUACUAUCGACGAGAGCUGGUGGGCUAGGCAUCAACUUGAUGACGGCAGAUACUGUGAUUAUAUUCGACUCCGACUGGAACCCCCAAGCUGAUUUACAAGCCAUGGCCAGAGCCCAUAGAAUCGGGCAAAAAAACCAUGUCCUGGUUUACCGUUUUGUUAGUAAGGAUACGGUUGAAGAACAAAUAUUGGAAAGGGCCAGGAAGAAGAUGAUUUUAGAGUAUGCCAUCAUUUCCUUAGGUAUUACUGACCCCAAUGCAAAGAAAAGUAGCAAGACUGAGCCUUCAUCAAAUGAGCUUUCACAGAUUUUGAAGUUUGGUGCAAGUACGAUGUUCAAAGACAAUGACAACCAACAAAAACUUGAGAAUUUGAAUUUAGAUGAAGUUUUGAAUCACGCCGAAGAUCAUGUGACGACACCAGAAUUAGGCGAGUCCAACUUGGGUUCAGAAGAAUUCUUGAAACAAUUUGAGGUGACUGAUUUCAAGGCCGACAUUGAAUGGGAUGACAUCAUCCCCCAAGAUGAGCUCACGAAGUUGAAAGAUGAAGAGAAGAAAAAGGCUGAUGAAGAGUACUUACAACAGCAAAUUGCCAUGUAUUCCAAACGGAAGGCUGCAGUACGGAAAUUUGAAAAUGGUUCUGUUGUGCCUAGUGACGUGGAAGACAGUGCAGACGAGCUGAAGUCUUCUAGAAGAAGAGUAGCAACAGACAAUCAGUUAUCAGAAAAGGAGAUACGUGGAAUCUAUCGGUCGAUAUUGAGAUGGGGAGACCUAACAGGAAAAUGGGAUCAAUUGGUUGAAGAAGGAAGCAUUAGUAACAAGAACCCAGUUUACAUCAAACAUGCAUAUAAUGAGAUUGUGAAUACAGCAAAGAAGUUAGUAAAGGAAGAAGAGGCAAGAAGAGCACAUGCACUUGCUGAGUUGGAGAAAAAAGCACAACAACAAAAAGAAGAUCCAAAAAGUGUGGAUCAAAAUCAAACGGCCUUGUGGGUAGCCAAGAAAAAGGAGAAAAAAGCAGUACUUUUUGAAUACCAAGGUGUCAAGAAUAUAAAUGCCGAACUUGUCUUGAAUAGGCCGGUCGACAUGAAAGCUCUUGAAAAAAUAAUCCCUGAUGGCAAUCCGUUGGGUCUUCAUUUGCCUAGGCAUCCUAAAGCGGUGCAAUCGUGGUCUUGCGAAUGGACCGCGAGGGAUGAUGCGAUGUUGUUGGCUGGGGUGCACAAGUUUGGAUAUGGAUCUUGGAUUCAAAUCCGAGACGAUCCUUUAUUAGGACUCCAAAAUAAGUUGUAUUUGGAAACCCCAUCAAGUGGCAAAGCCCCUUCAACUGGCGAGAACCCGAAAAAGGUUCCUGGUUCAGUUCAUCUAGGUAGGCGGGUUGACUAUCUUUUCACACUUUUACGCGAUGAUGCUGACUCAGCAGCCAACCCUGAUCCAAGAAGGAAAACUAAACGAGCCGAUAAUAGCUCUAAUAAACCCAAGAGGAAUGUCAAGUCUGAAACACCAGAUACCUUGCGUCCAGCUAAAGUUAAGAAACAGCAUUCUCACAAUUUGCAAAAUGGUUCUCAUCCGAUAGUAAGGAAGCCAUCUGGACAUUCUGUGGUGAAGCACGAGAAGGGUGCUAUUUCUAAACCAUCGCCUAGCGCCCACAACAAGGAAGAUACAGAGUAUGAAAGUAUGGAUGAAGUAAUGCAAAAAACGUGCAAAAGUGCGCUAUAUCCUGUUUUCAAGUCCCUCCAUACGUUACAAAAGGGAAAUAAAGGGCUAGAUAAACACGAAUGGGCCAAGGUACUACGUGACGAAUUAAUGAAUGUCGGAAACCAUAUUGAGUCCGAGGCAAAGAAAACUAAAUCUGGUGUCGAUCCAGCUGCAUUCAGAAAAAAUCUUUGGUCCUAUGCAGGAAGAUACUGGCCGAGUAAAGUGCCCAGUGAUAAGAUUAGUGAAAUGUAUAAGAGACUAAAGUUGAAGACAAAAGAGUAG